GCAGGAUUCUGCGCCCAAUCCCCCCCCAAACAGCUGACCAGGAGGAUCACUCUGCAAGCAUCAUGCCAUGUUACUCUGUUACUCGAACAAUUUGCAAGCAGAGUCAAAGCAUGCAUACCGGUAUAUGAUAUGAAAAGCAUCCAUAUGAUAAAGGGAAAAAGUGUACUCAGUCUGUGGUGAUCCCAAAGUGCCCAUGCCCGGUGCCCAUGAGAACGAGAGGCCACAUGAGCUAGAGGCCAUGGCGUGGUGUCUAAACAGUUUUACAGCUGUAACCGGAUCGCCGACGGGCACUUUGAGACCCCUCCCCCCCUGUCCACUGUCGCGCUCCCUAGAAGAAACCUCCUUUGGCGCCCCAAUGGCUGGGCUCAGAAUGUUGUCCCAGCUCCUGCUCCUGUCGCUUUUCCUGGCGGCAAGGACGGAUGCAUUUCCUCUCUGGGGUCCCUACCCCGGGCUCUCCUGUCCGUCUGGGUACAACGUCGUACCAAACCGCAGAGGCGGGGGAUUCUCCUGCUUUGCAGACCCCUGCAUUGGCAACCCUUGUGGGUCUGGAAACACAUGCACCACUGCAGGAGCUUAUACUAUGGGCCCUAUCACUGUGGCCAAUUGCACCCAAUGCAACGCCCCAUCUGUGGCGCUGACCAACGAAACCCCAACCUAUUCGCAGACGUAUUGCUACAUUCCAGGCGAUGACCCAUGCGACCCCAACCCGUGCCAGAACGGCGGGAUGUGCAAGUAUGUGACUUACGGCAGCAGCCCCAUCCUCGGACAACAGGAAACACCCGUCGCCGCCACCUGCGACUGCGGCCCGUUCUCUACAGGGACGUUCUGCAACAUCCCGGUUUCUCCUCCCAAGACUACUCCCUUCGUGCAAUCCACCGUUGGAAACACGACUGGCCCACUUGCCGGAUCCGACUUCUUCGAGUCGUGCUCGCCGCAAGCCGGGUGCUUGUACAAGGACGGAGCGCACUACCUGUGCUGCGAGAACUACUGCGGGCCUUAUGGACCCGACGGUAACACCCCGCUCUGCAACGGACAGACGUCCAUCCCCCAGAACAACAGUUACCCGCCGCAAGCGUCGGGCCAGCCGUCGAGCCAGCCGCCACCCCCCUCCGGAGACCAGGGGGUUUGCGGGAGCGGCGCAGCGGGGUCUUUCCCCACGCGCUGCUAUUUCAACAGUGACCCUCAAGGGCGCUACGUGUGCUGCGACGAUCAAGGCUGCGACGGAUUCAACGGGGACAACCUGACGCCCCACUGCAAGAACAACGGCUACUUGCCGCCCAACAACGGUGCCUCCGGCCCCGCCCCCUCAACGCCUCCGACUCCUCCCACCGGUAACCAAGGGGUUUGCGGGAGCGGCGCGGCAGGCUCUUUCCCCACGCGCUGUUAUUUCAACAACGACCCUCAGGGGCGCUACGUGUGCUGCGACAACCAGGGCUGCGACGGGUUUAAUGCGGGCAAUCUGACCCCCCACUGCAAGAACAACGGUUACGUUCCGCCAGGUUAUGGAGUUGGGGCAAACCCGACCCCCCCGGCGUCUCCCAGUCCCCCCAGCGGAGACCAAGGUGUUUGCGGGGCGGGCGCCGCCGGCUCCUUCCCCGUGCGCUGUUGGUUCAACAGCGACCCCCAGGGGCGCUACGUGUGCUGCGAUCAGCAGGGUUGCGACGGCUUCUUGCCCCCGGACAACACUUUCCCCCACUGCAAGAAUAAUGGUUACGUUCCCCCCGGGUACGGCGUCUAAUAUUGGAUCUGCUUGAGUGAACCCUCGGUUUCAAUAUACUCGAGAGUGUACUUUAGCCAACGGCCCUUGAUCAUGUGCAACGCUUACUUUAGAUUGAGUUCCAGCUCACACCUUCACAAAAUGCAUUAGGUUCGUCGCAAGCAUAGUAGCCGUUUCACUGCCAGCUAACCGCAGAGUAUGUUUCACUUAGGAAAUAAUGAGGCGUGUGUGGGUUUCAACUGAGGUUAGCCUUAGCAAGCUCUUGGGGUGCCGCGUAUGUGAACCUCGGACACCAUUAGAAGUUAGUUCUGAGUUUUGGGAUUACACAACUUAGGUUUUGUUGCCUCCAAAAGGCACGGGAGAUCGCACCCUUUGAGGAGUUGAGAUUGUAUACCACGUCUCAAGGUUUUGCUAGUGAGUUUGAGACUGGGGCAUCUGACGGUGUAGUGACAUUGAGAAAAUUAGGAUGUCAAGCUAACAAUUUUGGAUACGAAGUCCAACUAGUGUACACCAUGGUAGGGGUCGCCAUUUUCCAAGACCGUACCUCGCGACGGUUUAACUGCAUACAACUACUGGAAAUACCAUUUUUUAUCAGCCUGUUAAUCCUUGCCACACGGCCAGACUUUACUAGACGUGUCGCUGUGCUUCAAAAGCUAUCUUUU